CUCGGCGAAGCCCACUCAAACCCAACCUACGGUGCCCUCAGCGACCACGAUUGUCGCGGCGCCAGAAGUGAACACAGAGGUUUGGUCCCCCAGUUUCUCUUGAAGUCGCUGCUAUGCAAUGAAUCCCCCAUGAUUACCAAAUUUGGAAUGUCUGGUGUAUCUAACAACCCUACAGGAUCAAGCCCAUAUGCAGAUGAUGCUCGCUAACACCUCAUCCACCGCGCUCACCUACAACGCUACCUACGAUGAUCUCUCCCGGCCGUCUCAAGGGCCCGUCAACCCCUUCAAACCUGCCGGACCAGCAAAUGGUCUCAAGCGCAAGAAUGUCCCGACCGGUUUCGCCGAAGAAGCGGCCAUCAGUGAGGCGACCUUCGCCGCGCAACACCGCACCUUCCAGAGUCUCGGCUACACGCGCAACCCAGGUCUCCCGGGCCAAUUUGUCGGCAAUCUCGAUAAUGCAGCCCAGUUCGGUGGCCGCGAUGUUAUUCAGAUGAAGCCCUCCAAGGAGGCCUCUGCAGCGCUGCGCGCCAAGCGGCAAAAGAAGGGCGACCCCAGCAUCGUUGAAGGUGAAGGUGCCUACCUCGGCCCAUGGGCGAAAUACCAACGCGAGGAGUUUUACGAGGAGGAGGCCGCUGACGAGGAUCGCGAACUCGCCAGCGAUGAGGAGUACGUCGAGGUGGAUGAAGAGGAGGACCUGGCCCCGUCAGCCAUGCCUGCCAUGAGCAAAGAAGCCACCGACUACCAAGACGACACGACCAAGGUCGAAUCCACCGAAUUCCACGGCACAGAGCAGUUCGACUACCUGGGCCGCACGUACAUGCACAUUCCUCAAGAUCUGGACAUCGACCUCCGCAAAGACCCCGGCAGCGUCAAGAACUUCAUCCCCAAGAAACUCAUUCAUACCUGGAAAUCGCACACCAAGGCCAUCACCUCUCUCCGCUUCUUCCCCCGCUCCGGCCACCUCCUCCUCUCCUCCGCCGCCGACGGCAAAGCCAAAAUCUGGGACGCCUACCACUCCCGCGAACUGCUACGCACUUUCUCCGGCCACUCCAAGGCCAUUACAGACACCGACUUCCACCCCAGCGGCACCACCUUCCUCACAGCCUCCUACGACCGCCAGAUCAAGCUCUGGGACACCGAAUACGGCAAAUGUCUCGGCCGCUUCAGCACAGGCAAGACCCCGCACGUCAUCCGCUUCAACCCAGGCGCCGAACACUCCCACGAAUUCCUGGCCGGUAUGUCCGACAAGAAGAUCGUGCAAUUCGACACCCGCUCCGGCGAACUGGUCCAAGAAUACGACCACCACCUGGCAGCCAUCAACACCAUCACCUUCGUCGACGACAACCGCCGCUUCAUCUCCACCUCCGACGACAAGUCCCUCCGCGCCUGGGAAUACGGCAUUCCCGUCCCCAUCAAAUUCAUCGCCGAACCAUACAUGUUCGCCCUCACCCGCGCCACCCCCCACCCCAACGGCAAAUACGUCGCCUUCCAAUCCGGCGAUAACCAGAUCGUCGUGUACGGCGCCACAGACAAGUUCCGCCAGAACCGGAAGAAGAGUUUCCGCGGCCACAACAAUGCCGGCUACGCCAUUGAUAUUAAGAUCUCCCCUGACGGACAGUUCAUUGCCUCCGGUGAUAGUGGCGGCUAUGUCUGCUUCUGGGAUUGGAAGACGGGUAAAAUGUACCAUAAGAUCCUGGCUGGUGGGAAGGAAGGUGGCGCGACUACUUGUCUCGAUUGGCAUCCGCAGGAAACUAGCAAGGUUGUUACGGGUGGGUUGGAUGGGUUGAUCAAGUAUUGGGAUUAGGGUUGUUUCGUUCGCUGUUUCUUUUCUGUAUAGGUGUUUUUGUGUGUUGUGUAAUAGAUAUAGUAUGCAUGAAAUGGGUUAUAACGGCUACAUGAUG